AUGGGGAAGCCUUAUAAUUUGAAUUUUCAAAGAAGUAGAUUAGGAACGAUUACGAGUUCGUUCCAACUUGUACUAGGGGGGCUUGUUAUAGUUGUAAGCCUUUCGAUUUUAUUCAGCUUUUAUUCUGUAGGAUUUUUCAUGCAUGAUGAGGAUCUAUGCCGCCAUUUUUAUGGCAUGUACGAUGGUUUUGACAUUAAAUCGCUGGCUGCUCGAGUUGAUGAGGUGCUUAAUAAGAUGGAAACUCUGCAAGACAAGCUAGAAUUGAUCGUAAAGCAGAUGGAAAAAAAUAAAGUUGAAUUGUCUAGUAGCAACAUUUCGAGAUUGGAGUACAAGAGGUUGUUAGAAGAAGAGGUGAUUAGGCCUCUGUCUUCGGCGCAAAUUGCCCUUAGGCAAAUUAGGCUGCCAAGAGUUGAAGGAAGUGAAAGUGUUAAAGAAGACCCCUUGAUUAACACAUUUGUGAUUGAGGAGAUUCGGAAGUAUAUAACACCUAAGGUGAAUGGAAAUGGAAAGGUUAAUGUCUAUGGGACACCGAUGAUUUAUAACACCAUAGGUCAUUCGUGUGUUUUGAUGAAGAAAGAGUUAGAAAAGUAUAUGGACUAUGAUAUUGGCUCAUAUUGUAAAGAUGAUUGGAACUUAGCUCAGAAGCUAAUGAUUUAUGGUUGUGAUCCUUUGCCUAGGAGGAGAUGUUUGGAGAGGGCGUCUAAGCUCUAUCGGAAGCCUUACCCCAUUGACAAGUCCCUAUGGACGAUUCCGGAUGGUAGAAAUGUUCGAUGGAGCAAUUACAAAUGCAGGAAUUUCGAGUGCUUGUCAAGUAAGAACCCGAAACGAGGCUACACCAAGUGCAUUGGAUGCUUUGAAAUGGACAAGGAAAAGGUAAAGUGGGUAACAAACUCCUUUGUUCCUGUGGAUUUCUUGAUCAAAGAUGUUCUGGAAAUUAAGCCAGGGGAGAUCAGAAUUGGCCUGGAUUAUAGCGUUGGUACGGGGACUUUUGCUGCAAGAAUGAGAGAGCAGAAUGUGACAAUUAUCUCAACUGCCCUGAAUCUUGAGGCUCCUUUCAGCGAGACGAUAGCACUUAGGGGCCUCAUGCCGCUAUACGUGACAUUGAACCAACGACUUCCUUUUUUUGACAACACGAUGGAUUUGAUCCAUACUAUAGGACUUAUGGAUGGUUGGAUCGAUCUGCAACUAUUAGAUUUCGUCCUUUUUGACUGGGAUCGUGUUUUAAGACCAGGAGGGUUGUUAUGGAUCGAUCGAUUCUUCUGUAAUAGGAGGGAUCUCGAUGACUACAUGUACAUGUUCCUGCAAUUUAGAUACAAAAAACACAAGUGGGCUAUUUCUCCCAAGUCCGAGGAUGAAGUUUACCUUUCUGCAUUGUUGGAGAAACCUCAAAGAUCUUAAAUGAUUAUAGUUAUAAGUUCUUACAUCCAUCUAUUAUUGUGCUUGUUCUUUUUUGUUAAACUAAUACGGUUGCCGAAAUUACAUAUUGUUUUGUUUAUUUGUAAGAAAGUAAUGCUUCGUUUAUGGUGAAGUACUUUGGUCUCCAAGCU